AUGGAAACACGUCCUAAAGUCCACGUGUGUUCAUUAAGUUUAAGUGCACUUAAGGGAGUAAGUAGAGAUCUUGAAAAUACAAUUCAUCAAUUGAAUGGUACUAAGAAUCUCUCAAAGGAAGACGCACAAAAUUUACAAUAUGAAGUCAAUCGUCUUCGCUGGUGCGAAUUAUCAAUGGAAUACAAUCAGCAUCAGCAACUUCAAUACAUUUAUCAAUUCAAUGGUGAUAAAGCAGCAAAUCCUGAAUUUCGUAAUAUCAAACUUCGUUAUGUACUCAAAUUCUGGAAGAGAGAAAGACUGCGGCAGAUUUGGCUUCAAGCCCAAGAAAAAUUACUCAAGAAGAACAUGGUUGAGAGAGUAAAUAACAAAAAUGACUACUACGUAAGGCAAAGAGCAUUAUUAGCUUCUAAAUCAUUCAUCAAAGGAUUAGAUUUUUACACAGUACCUGUUGAAGAUUUAGUUCCUAUAGAUUUACUCAAUGUAAUUGAUUCAUUCCAAUGUCCAGCUUCAACAUCGUUUGGAUUUGAGAACCGUGAUCAUGCUUACUGUUUCUCCGAUGCUGUUAAGGACUUCUCAUCAGAAAAUGAAACAAAUGACACAAUUGAAAGUAAUACAUUCGAAGCAAACUAUCGUGAACAGUUUAUUUCACGCGCUGUAGCUCCAGGUGGAGCUGUACCAUUCAAAACUCGCAAUCUCGACCUUGAUGACGAAUCAUCCGACAUUUUUGUCUUGGAUUACGAUAAUAAACCAGAAUCUGUUAAGAAUGAACCAUCGAUUGACUCAGAACCAGUCGUAGUUCCAGCCAGCGAAGGCAAAAUUGAAGAAAAGAAGAAAGAAGAAGUUAUUGAAGUUCAGCCACAAGAAGAAAAGCCUAAAGAAGAGCUGGUGAAAACACAAAAGCCAGAAACACCUGCUUCUUCCAAAUCUAUGUUUUCUAAUCCAGUAAUUUUAAUUAUUUUAGUUGCUGCGUUAGCCAUUGCGGGUUUAUUCAUAUUUAAGUUUGUUUUAUCAUCAGGAGAUGCAGAAUUGCCAACACCUUCUGUUAACGAAGGUCCUUUAUGUCCUGAAUAA